GCGCUCUUCCCCGCGCCUGCACGCGGCGUGCCGGGACAGCAUGCUCCGGGUCCUGCUCCUCGGCGUGCUGGCCCCCGCCGGUCUGGGGCUCCCUGCGCCCCCAGAGCCUCAGCCACGCGGCAGCCAGUGCGUCGAGCACGACUGCUUCGAGCUCUUCCGGGGCCCCGCGACCUUCCUCGCCGCCAGCCAGGCCUGCGAGGGGUUGGGGGGCCACCUGAUGACCGUGCGCUCCUCAGUGGCGGCUGAUGUCAUCUCCCUGCUCCUGAGCGGCGACAGCGGCGACAGCCCGCGCCUCUGGAUCGGCCUGCAGCUCCAGGCCGGCUGCAGCGACCAGGGGCAACUCGGGCCCUUGCGCGGUUUCCAGUGGGUUACCGGCGACGACCGCACCAGCUACAGCAGGUGGGCGCGGCUCCACGUCGACCCGGCGCCUCUCUGCGGUCCCCUGUGCGUCGCAGUCUCGGAAGCCGGGGCCCUAGCACCCGGCGAGCCGGCCUGGGAGGAGCAGCAGUGCACUGCAGAGGCCGAUGGUUUCCUCUGCGAGUUCCACUUCGCAGCCUCCUGCAGACCCCUGCUGGUGGAGUCUGGCGCCGUGGCGGCCGCCGGUGUAACCAUCACCUAUAGCACCCCGUUCGGGGCCCGCGGCGCGGACUUCCAGGCGCUGCCGGUGGGUAGCUCCGCCGCUGUAGCGCCCUUGGGAGUGGAGCUGGAGUGCGCGGCGCCGCCAGGAGAGGCCGAGGCGCGUUGGGGCCGGGAUGCGCCUGGCGCCUGGGACUGCAGCGUGGAGAACGGCGGCUGCCAGCACACUUGCAACGCUAGCGCCGAGAAGUCGCACUGCCUCUGCCCCGCGGACGCCUACCUGCAGGCAGACGGGCGCUCCUGCGCCGCAUUAGCGGAUCACUUGUGCCACAAACUCUGCGAGCAUUUUUGCAUUCCCAACAGCUACGUGCCCGGCUCCUACUCGUGCAUGUGUGAGACGGGCUACCGGUUGGCUGCCGACCAGCACCGGUGCGAGGACGUGGACGACUGUAUCCAGGUGCCCAGUCCGUGCCCGCAGCGAUGUGUUAAUACGCGGGGCGCCUUCGAAUGCCUCUGCAACUCUGGCUUCGAGCUGGUAGACAAUGAGUGCGUGGAGUCAGUGGACCCGUGCUUCGGGAGUAAGUGCGAGUACCAGUGCCAGCCCGUGGGUCAAACUGACUUCCGCUGCAUCUGCGCCGAGGGCUUCGCACCCAGCCCUCACGACCCACACAGGUGCCAGAUGUUCUGCAACCAGACUGCAUGCCCAGCUGACUGCGAUCCCAACAGCCCAACUUCCUGCCAGUGCCCCGAGGGCUACAUUCUAGACGACGGCUUCAUAUGCACGGACAUCGACGAGUGCGAAAAUGGAGACUGCCCCGAGGCCUGCCGCAACCUCCCAGGCACCUACGAGUGCAUCUACGGGCCUGAUUCGCCCUUCGCCGGCCAGGAUGUCACCGACUGUGACCCCACCAAGGUGAACAGUGACGGCGACAGCGGCUCUGGGGAACCCCCAGUCACCCCGACUCCGGGCGCCACCUCGAGCCCCCCACCUGUAGGGCCCUUGCAUUCUGGAGUGCUCAUCGGCAUCUCCAUCGCCAGCCUGUCUCUGGUCGUGGCGCUUUUGGCGCUCCUGUGUCACCUGCGCAAGAAGCAAGGCGCCACCAGGGCGGAGUUGGAGUACAAGUGUGGCGCCCCAGCCAAGGAGGUGGUGCUGCAGCACGUGCGAACCGAGCAGAUGCCUCAGAAACUCUGAGAGGCCUCCUCCCUGGCCCCUGCUGUUGGCUGGGCCUUCCCUCCCUCCUGCCUCUCCCCCUCCCCCAACCUUACUCCCUGGCCACCUAUUCCAAAGCACUUUAGCUGGCAUCAGAACUGGAGAAGAUCAGGUUGCCCUUCUUUUGCUGAUUCCACACUUGGCUGGGGAGUGGGGGUUGGAAGGAGUAUGCGCCCCAGCCACUUCCAUGACAUCAUCGGACAACUAGGCAGAGAUGACAAUUUAUAGCGAAGACACAGACUACAGAGUGUCCCAUGACCUCACCAAGGGGCACGAGAGGGGUGGGCCUCCUUGGCUGGCAGCCUUUGGGUCAGACUUUUGAUCCCGUGGACUAGUGAGUGUAAUCAAGGUGUGGAUAAUGACCAAGAUAUUUAUUUUUUAAGUAUUUAGGAUGGCUUUUUUUUUCUUUGCUUUUGCUUCCUCCCCCACCUGUAUGUCUCCAGUACCCACUUUGUAUCCCUCCCUCCCUCCCCCUUCCCUAUCUGUAUAUUUAUAUAUUUCUACUCUUCAGGUGGCAGUUAAACCAUCUUGGUGGUUUUCCCAGCACUCUCACGUUGCUGAAGCCAGGCCCCAGUUUCCUUCGUUGUUCCUCCCAAUUUUCCCCUCCUUGGAGCUCAGCCAACCCACCUGGAAUGUCCCUACCUGGCCACCCUCCUUCUGUUCUUCCAUGUCUGCCUGGGCAAAGCUCUUAUGUGAAAUAGAAUCAAAAACACUACAAUCAAGGUUGGUUGGGAAUUUAUUUGCUCUUGAACCAGGCUUGCUAAUUUAUCCUGAAAUUUCAGGCUUCCAGAGUAAUAGCAUUUUAACAAAAGUUAAGAUGUGAGAGGCAUUCAUUGAACUAAUGUUGCUGGACUGUCAUAGAAAUUCAACCCAAGGAG